AUGGAAACGAAUGGCCAUACGCCUGGCUUUCGGUGGGAGUACUUGAUUAGGCCUGACAAGACUGCGACACCACAGCUCGAGGAAUUGUGUCUAGGACUAGCAAAAUGCAUUAUCGAUAAUGAGCCCGGCGUUGGCGCUGAAUUGACACCUCAAAGGCUCGCUGCCUUCUACCGUCGCGUCGGCGGCAACUACGACGGUCUCUUCCUCAAGUCCGGCGACCAUGGCUUGUCCUUCACAUAUCGCACCUUUGGCUGCUAUCACAACCUGCAGCCCUCACACAACCCGUUCGAGAUGCCCAGCAUACCAUGUCUGACAUUGAAUGGCUUUGCGCGGUGGCAGACACUACAACUACUGCUGUCGCCAGAUGAGAGCGUCAAGUUUCUACAGAAGUCGGUGGAGUUGUAUCGCAUCCCCCGCAAAGAUGGCGGCUGUUUUCCAGGGCCGAUUCCGCGGUCAUGCUUCCCACAAGAGGCCGACGAAGAGAUGGAGAAGUGGUAUACCACCGUCUCUGGCACACUGAACCAGGAUAAUUACAUGCGCCGCCUCAAGGCUUCACCCUACCAGUCUCCCCAUACCGAUGACCGCAUCGACGGCUACUUCCACAACGGACACGCGCCCGGAUUGCUGCUGCCAGGCGCCGCAGCAGCGUACCCGACGUUGUGUCGCCCAUGCCUGUCCCAACACCCGGUGACAGGUCUUCGCAUUGGGAUCGUCAGAACCGGCAAGGUCGAAAAGCACGAAGUCACUCAGACCAACGGCCUGUCCAACACACCCGUCAAAGGUCGCACACCACCUCCACGCCUGACAAAAGCCCGCGGCAACCACCACAACGUGAUCUUCGGCCACCCUCACAGCAGUGGGCUGCUUCACAUCGACAUCGAAUAUCCGAUGGUCGAUCCCCGCACUCUCGGAACACUUCGGCCAGCGAUGCCAGUUCUGAUACGUCGCACAGCGACCACAAAUCACGACCGUCGCGGCGAGAUGAAUCGCCUAACGUCGAAAGAGCUCGUUAUGGCCUCCAUAGAAGCGGCUCCACCAAGACCACCAGUCCCCGUGCCACUCCGGCCCGAAUACUAUCACCGCAAACCAACACUGUCACAAGUCCCAUAUGGUUCGGCAUUACCAGUCUAUCCUGCUCCUCCCCAACGUCCCCAGAACGGCCAAAAUGGUGUGCGAUUUCGCGACCACAUUUUCGACAAUACGAACCGUCCACCUCCCAUUACCACCACGGCACCCACUCCACCGGCUCGAUAUCCUGACCCACGCUCAACACAUCAUGACCCACGCUCGCCUAUGCAUCAUCCAGAUCCCUCGAUGCAAGUAGCAAACCGCGACAGCAGUAGCGGCAGCGACCGAAGGCACCCCUCAGACUUCGACCGUGCCCAGCGCAAAGCAGGCUUUCCUUCUCGAGUCCACACGGUGAGUGGCGUGGGUGGCAGGCAAUACCCUGAGCCACCAGCCAGGAUGUGUACCCGCCUCCGACUCGUGCCAGAGGCAGCGCGCCGACGAUAG